GCUCGGCCGGCGGCUCCCAGACGGCUCCCGCCCUCGCCGCCCCCGCCGCAGCGUCGCACCGCGAGCGAGCGGCGCCCUCCCCGAGGUGCCAGCGGGGCCGGGGUCGACGGGCCGGGAGAGGGGAGGGAGCCCCGGACGCCAGGCCGCCGCUCCCGGGAGCCAGCCCGGAGGCCCCGCAGCCCGCCUCGGGUGGGGACCUCCGCGGGGAGAGGCGGAGCGGCAGAGGAAGGACACGGCAGCCAGGGCAGCCUGAGGCCCAGCCAGGGCUAAGGUUGGACCCGGGCUACCGAAUCCCAGGGCGCUGCCCAGAGUGGCUGAGGCGGCCACAGGGGGAGAGGCAGGGGCCUGUCUUCCCAGGUCCGUGAGGAAGCCCUCUGGCCACCCACAGGCCCACCCUCUGGCACCUGGGGCUGCAGGCUCGGAGAUCUUCCAGAGUCCCAGUCCUUCUGCUCUAGGUGCUGGGUAAAUCCGUGCUGCUCUGGGCUGCAGGGAGCAGGCCUUGCACCUACUAAGCACCUGCUGUGUGCCCUACUCAGGAGAAGAAAAAGACAUGACCAAGAUUUAAUCUCUCCACUGUAUAAAGAGCACCAGAAAAUCAGUGACAACAGCAAGUCGACAGUAUCAUCAUUCAUGAGUCCUCACAGACUGUUGUCUAAAGACAGGGAAAUCCAUUCAGACCCUUAUGGAAAGACCCUUCAGGGUCACAGUCCAGCAGUUCUGUGCCAGACCCUCUGCUCUGCAGCCCCAGACAAGCUGGCUCCCCUUUCUGAUGACCAGGAGCAUGUGUGCAGCGAAGGGCACUAAGAGGUGGCCAGACCAACGACAGGUGCUGCAGCCUCCGGACACUGCCCCCAGGGCCUCCCACAGCAGCAGCCCCAGGUCCUGCAGCCUGUGGCCCAGGACACCAUCUGCACCUGCAGGAUGUCACCCCAGGGGACCGCAGUCCCCUGUGCCCAGCCCCUGUGGUGUGACCAAGGUGGCACUGUCAGAGCCCUCCAGAGCACUGUCUUCUUGUCCUUCCAAUCCUGAGGUCAGCUGAGGCUGCCAGUGGGGACAUCGAUGCUUGAGUGGCAGGAGCUCGGCCACACCCAGUCAGGGUCAGGUCAGCCUGUGGGGAGGGGACUGCUGGUGUCCUGGGUUGUGGCCCUGUGGGGGUGCAGAGAGCUCCAAGGUCCAGAAGGUCUGAGCCCGGUAAGCAGAGGCCUGGAGAGACCGGGAGCCCUGCAGCAGUCCUCGAGGACCAGAGUCCCCAGGGCCCGGCUCGCCUCAGGGCCAGCUUUGGCUUCUGUGCACAGAGGACAGCCAGGUUGCCCAGUUUCCCAGAAGCACCCAGCUGUGCCUGGGCGGUCCACGGCCUCCUGACCACAACCCACAGCCCUUUCCCCCCUUCCGGACCGUUGGGUGGGGGUGGGGCUGCAGCCCAGAGGUCUCUGUGGGAGAGGAGCCUGCUUGGCCAUGGGGCCCAGGCUGGGGGACUGGGGGCGCCUGCUGCUGACCCUGGCCGCGGCCCUGACACUGCCUACCAGGGCCCCUGGCUCCCUGGGGGCGCAGAUCAUCGGGGGCCGUGAGGUGACUCCCCACUCCCGGCCCUACAUGGCCUCUGUGAGCUUCGGGGGCCAGCACCACUGUGGGGGCUUCCUGCUCCGAUCCCGCUGGGUGGUCUCCGCUGCCCACUGCUUCAGCCACAGGGACCCCCGUGAGGCCCUGGUGGUGCUCGGGGCCCACACGCUGCGCCCCCAGGAGCCCACCCGGCAGGUGUUCGGCAUUGCGGCGGUGACCAGGCACCCCGACUACCAGCCGGCCACCCACGCCAACGACAUCUGCCUGCUGUGGGUGAGCAGGGCGGCCACACCCAGUGUGACCUCUGGAUUUGUGUUUUGUGGUGCUGGGGACCAAAGCCAAGGCCUCGCAUGUGCCAGGCAAGAGGCCACCGCUGAGCCACUAGCACCCAAUGAGGCAGAGGGGCCCUGUGAGCACCUGAGCCAGUCACACCCCUCCUGGCCCGGCCACCUGGCUCCGCCUCCCACGUGCCCCUCCUCCUGGCCCUGGCGCCGGCUGGGCCGGCUCUGCUGCGCGGAGGACGAAGGAUCUUUCCAGUAUCAGCUCGGUGCCCUUCCCUGGCGUUUGGCAGCCCUCCCCUCACCUGUCCCGUGCUUUUGUCUGGCACCAGAGUCACCUGUACACCUGGGCCAUUGCUUGAUGCCUCCUCUGGACCUUGAUGGCCACCCAUGGUACAAUCAGGCUCCAUACUUGAAAGAGGGGAUGGGUGAGGUCCAGGCUUCCAUCAAAGACCGCAGCCUGCCGUGGGCUGGAGGGGCCCUUCCGUGCCCCCAGGGCCUGGUAUUCAGUGGGGAGCACACCCAACCUGCCCUGGACCUUCGAGACACCCGCCCGGGUCCGUGGACAGGUCCGUGGGCAGGUGUGGGGGCACCGUCCUUCCCUAGCCCAUCAAGGAGGUCUGCACUCCCAGCUGCCACGGCCUGGGGGACCUGCUCACCCGACACCCCAGCGCCCUGCACCUGCCGCUCACGUUCGCUUGGCCCCUCUACAGAUGGGGAAACUGAGGCAGGCCGGCAGUGAAGUGCCUGCAGCACCAAGGGGAGUGAGUCCCAGCCCAGGGUCUGCGCCACUGUCUGCCUCUGAGGAUGGCAGCCCCUCAGGCCCAGCCGCCUCCCCGCUCUGUGCAGUCCCCGAGGACCUCUGUGGGCCACGGGCAGCUGCUGGGUUCUGGUUCUGGUUCUGGCAGGGUGCUGGGGCGGAGCCAGGGCCUCCCCCUUGGACCUGAGUGAGGAGGCUUCCCUGUGGAGGAAGGGUGGCCCCAGCAGGGCACCAGGAGGAGCCUCAGCAAACCUGCCCUGGCAGGAGGCGAGACAGGCUGGGGAACCGUCGGCCUGGUCCAUGUUAAUGGUGGACCCCGAGGGCACUGGGGAGCCACGGAGGGCUAAGAGCAGGAAGGAGGCGCAGGCUGGUGAGAUGGAAUCUGGUGGGCGGAGGCCCAGGGCACCUGCGGCGGCCCCAGACGGCCUCCUCGGGGCGCGGCGGUCCCAGGUCGGCGCGCCGUGGGCGGAGCCCUGAGUCGGCCU